GCGGUGACGUAAGCAGCAAGUUCCCGUAUGUACAAGCUCUUCCUGCGUCCAUGCAGGAACAUGGCGGCGUCCAGUCUCAACGCGGUUCGAGUCAGGCUGCAUUUUGAUUACCCUCCUCCCUCCAUGCCUGACUGCCGCAUGAGCUGGGUGCUGGUGGAUCUGAAUAAAUGUCGCGUUGUUGCAGAUCUGUGCAGUGUAAUUGGAGAAAAGUUUGACUACAGCCGCAAAACAGUGUUAGAUCUGUUCAUUGAGAACUGUUUCCUUCCUCCUGCAGAGAGCAUCUAUGUGGUUCGGGAUAAUGACACUAUAAGGGUGAAGGUAUCCGGAGUUUCCGAGCAUGCGGGGAAGAAAAGAUGCAGAGAGGAAGAAGGCUUGUCUCAAGCACCGACGAAGAAGAACAAACAGGAAGCGAGCGAGGUGAAUGGUGUCGCCCAACCAGCAGGUGCAACAAAGAAAAAGAAAAAACAAAAAGCAAAGAAAAAGAAGAGGGAAGAGCAGCAGGUGGGGUCUGGAGAUGCCUUUAAAGCAGCUGUUCCUGCUAAAGAGCCUUCAUCAUCCAAGUCCCAGACAGACAAGAGCAGCAAGAAAGCUUCAGCGUCUUCUGUCCUUACUAAUGGAAAAGCGAGUUCAUCAGGUACGCAUAAUAACAGCUCAGACUCUUCAGACAGCAGUGAGGAGGUCACUGAAAAACCUUCUCCACCCAAAUCCAAAUCCAAACACACACAGAUCGCGGCAUCCAAACGGCCUGCAGCGAGAAAAACCUCUUCCUCAGAUUCCUCAGAAGAUGAAGACGAAAAAGUCCCUGCGAAAAAAUCUCCAAAGCCUAGUACAAGCUUGAAAACGUGUACCAGUACUAAGACCCCCAGAGAGCAGAAGUCUUCUGUUACACCAAAAUCCACUACAAGCUCUACAACGGCGAAGAAACCACAAACACAGUCUUCUUCAGCUUCGUCCUCGUCAGAAGAUGAAGCGUCAGCAACAGCCAGAAAAGCAAAUGUCCCUGCAAAAUCCACUAACACUGCCUCGAAAACGCAACCCCAAACUAUGACAGCUUCAUCAUCAUCAUCAGAAGAAGAUGACUCCAUGAAAGUGAGCAUCUCAGGGAAAAAGUCUCCAGUUCUGCAAAAGUCUAUAGGCUCUAAACCAGCGUCCUUACCGCAAACACGGCCACCUUCGUCCAGUCGCCAGGGCGAAUCCAGCAAAAUCUCCACGUCCCAAAAACCUUCCGGAAACUCUAAAACAUCCAAAACGCAAGCUUCUUCAGAUUCCUCUUCAUCCUCUGAAGACGAGGCAUGCAAAGCAAACGUCCCUGCAACUCCCAAACCCUUUAAACCGGCACACGCACAAACGCAGCCGUGCUCAGGCUCAAGUGCUGUGGUGGAGAACGGUGUGACCCCGACUCCGUCCACUCCGUCCACUCCGCUAGGAACGAUGCUCCAGGACAACAAGGACAAAGCGGAGAGAUCGGACUCGUGCAGCAGCAGCGGCAGUGACACGGAGCUGGUGAUAAAGAGGCCGAACCCUCAGCUCACGGCUGGUCUGACCCCUCGGGGUAGGGGCCGGGGGUUCACAGACAGGAUCAGAGGUCGAGGAGGGGUCAGGGGCGGCUUUGGCAGGGCCAGAGGAACGCCUUGGAAGCAGAACUUUCACUAUAACUAUGACAACGAAGAGCAGAGAAAGCAGAAAGAGAUCCAAACUAAUAAAAGCUUGCUGCUGCAGAAUCCUCCAGAGCCGAGUCCCAGGCGGGAUUACAGCACUCUGCCUCUCCUCGCCGCUCCUCCUGCAGUGGGGCAGAAAAUCGCUUUUAAGCUUUUAGAGCUCACGGAGAACUACACACCAGAAGUGUCGGAUUAUAAAGAAGGGAAGAUCAUUGGUUUUAAUCACAGCACUCACAUGAUCGAACUGGAGCUUCUGACGCAGAGUCAAGGCCGAGCUGAACCUGGGAAGUUUGAUCUGGUGUAUCAGAAUCCAGACGGCUCUGAAAGAGUGGAGUACGCAGUCAGCCUCGGCUCUCAGCUGACUGAGCGUUGGGAGUCGCUGCUCGAGCCCAGGCUUAUUGUGCAGAACGCAGACUGAGGAAGAAUUUGAAUUUACAUCCCGAUUUCGUUCUUAAGAAGCACUUUUGGAUUACAAUGCCUUUUUAUGUGAAUGUGAAUAUUAACUGAAUAAAUAUGUUUUUAUAGACAAA